CGGCUCAGCUGUUCUCUGCGGCAGCGGCACCGCGCGGGGCCGAGCCGAGCCCAGCCGAGCCGAGCCCAGCGGGGCCGGGCGGAGCGGAGCCCAGCGGGGCCGGGCCGGGCCGGGCCGGGCCGGGGGGAGCGGAGCGCGGCCGGAGCGGGCGGAGCGGAGCCGAGCGGGCGCAGCGCGGAGCGGGCGCGGAGCAGCCGCCGAGCGCAGGCUUCCUGCUGUGCCCACAGUAGGAGGAGUCUCUCGGAGCAGGAGGCCUGAGGGCACCAGAGCCCCUCCAGGCUGUGCCAGGGUGGGGAGGAGGUGGCCUGACGCUGUCCCCCCAGCCAUGAGCCGCCGCGUGGUGCGCCAGAGCAAGUUCCGGCACGUGUUCGGGCAGCCGGUGAAGGCAGACCAGAUGUACGAGGACAUCCGUGUGUCCAAGGUGACAUGUGACAGCUCCUUCUGCGCCGUCAACCCCAAGUUUGUGGCCAUCAUUGUGGAGUCUGGUGGUGGUGGGGCCUUCAUUGUCCUGCCCCUUGCCAAGACAGGACGGGUGGACAAGAACCACCCGCUGGUCACAGGACACACGGCGCCCGUGCUGGACAUCGACUGGUGUCCCCACAACGACAACGUCAUCGCCAGCGCCUCAGAGGACACCACUGUCAUGGUGUGGCAGAUCCCCGACUAUGUCCCCGUGCGCAACAUCACGGAGCCCGUGGUGACACUGGAGGGACACUCCAAGCGGGUGAGCAUCAUCUCCUGGCACCCCACGGCCCGCAACGUCCUGCUCAGCGCAGGCUGUGACAACCUGGUGAUCCUGUGGAAUGUGGGGACCGGGGAGAUGCUGCUGGCUCUGGAUGACAUGCACACCGACCUCAUCUACAACGUGGGCUGGAACCGCAACGGCAGCCUGCUGGUCACCACCUGCAAGGACAAGAAGGUCCGUGUCAUCGACCCCCGCAAGCAGCAGGUCAUAGCGGAGAGGUUUGCCCCCCACGAAGGGCUGAGGCCCGUGCGGGCCAUCUUCACACGGGAAGGACACAUCUUUACCACGGGCUUUACCAGAAUGAGCCAGCGGGAACUGGGCUUGUGGGACCCGAAUAACUUUGAGGAGCCCAUUGCCCUGCAAGAGAUGGACACCAGCAAUGGGGUCCUGCUGCCCUUCUACGAUGCUGAUUCCAGCAUUGUCUACCUCUGUGGGAAGGGUGACAGCAGCAUCCGGUACUUUGAGAUCACGGACGAGGCGCCCUACGUGCACUACCUGAACACCUACAGCAGCAAGGAGCCCCAGCGGGGCAUGGGCUUCAUGCCCAAGCGUGGGCUGGAUGUCAGCAAGUGUGAGAUCGCCAGGUUCUUCAAGCUGCACGAGCGCAAGUGCGAGCCCAUUGUCAUGACGGUGCCACGCAAGUCAGACCUCUUCCAGGAUGACCUUUACCCCGACACGCCAGGCCCUGAGCCGGCCCUGGAGGCAGAUGAGUGGCUGUCAGGGAAGGACGCAGAGCCCAUCCUUAUCUCGCUGCGGGAUGGGUACGUCCCCAUCAAGAACCGCGAGCUGAAGGUGGUCAAGAAGAACAUCCUGGACAGCAAACCCCCGCCAGGCCCCCGACGCAGCCACUCCACCUGCGACUCCGACUUCUCUCAGCCAGCCUUGGAUGAGGUGCUGGAGGAGAUCCGUGCCCUGAAGGAGACGGUGCAAGCGCAGGAGAAGCGCAUCUGCGACCUGGAGAACAAACUCUGCCAGUUCACCAAUGGCACGGACUAGCGCGGUGGCCACGGCCACGGGCAGGGCCAGGACUGCCCCGGCCUCCCGGGGAUUAAAGCCGAGUCCCCAGCAGGAGCCCGGAGCUGUGUUCUUUCCCCAGGAGCCGAGGGGGCAGGGAGUCACUGGCAUCAGUCGCAUCCUGCUCCCGCUUCAGUGCCCGCAGGCUGGGGCUGCUGAGCAUCCCUCCGCGGGUCCUGCACGCUGGGCACCAGCAGCCUCCCAGCACAGGCAGCUGCCGGCCCCCCCGGCCAGGAUGUGCUUGUGUACGGUGCUACACCCCCACCCCAUCACCCCUCACCGCCCCUGCCCCAUCGGCCCCUCGGCGGGUGCUCCCGACCGGCUCUUUGCUCCUGGACCCCUUUAAUAAAGGGCUCAGCCACCCUUGGCUGCGUGGCAGGUACCGGGGACGAGGGCUCACCGUGCCAGGGGUGCUGCCUGCGAGCCCCCGGCACAGGCAGAGGCAGGCCGAGAGAGACAAACAUUAAAGAGCAUUUAUUGGU